UUUUUCUCUCUCUCUCUAGAGCUGUAGGUAAAACUUGCCUGCUGAUCAGUUAUACUACCAAUGCAUUUCCCGGAGAAUAUAUCCCCACUGUAACCCCUCUGCACGCUGGUUGCGGGCAUGGAUGAUCAAGACUUGACUCAGCCCCAGCCUGCACGGCAGGUCUGCGGAGGCACAGCCCCAGCCCCAGCCCCAGCCCUGCCGUGUGCCGUCUUGUCAAGACUUUGACAACUAUUCUGCCAAUGUUAUGGUAGAUGGAAAACCGGUGAAUCUGGGCUUAUGGGACACUGCUGGACAAGAAGAUUAUGACAGAUUACGUCCCCUCUCCUAUCCGCAGACAUCCCCAGGAGUCCCUGUGUCACAGUGAAGAUCUGGCGUCACGUCAAGUUCCUGGGAGGACAGAUCUUCACAAAUAGCCACAGAUGAAAGCAGGGGCUGACGGAAACUUUAAUGGUCUCUUCAAACUGGAAAUGAGAGCUCGAAUGAGAUGGAAGGAAAAUCAUUCCCUCUCCGCCGUCUGGGGAGUGCCAGGCUGUGUGUGGCUGGAAGAGCGAGUCUUCCCGUUGGAGAAACGUACGGUAAGGAUAUAACCUCCAGGGGCAAAGACAAGCCGAUUGCCGACGUCUUCUUAAUUUGCUUCUCUCUUGUGAGUCCUGCUUCAUUUGAGAAUGUUCGUGCAAAGUGGUACCCUGAAGUUCGACACCAUUGUCCCAACACUCCCAUCAUCCUGGUGGGGACCAAGCUUGAUCUUAGGGAUGAUAAAGACACGAUUGAGAAACUGAAGGAGAAGAAGCUGACACCCAUCACCUACCCGCAGGGUUUAGCCAUGGCCAAGGAGAUCGGUGCUGUAAAAUACCUGGAGUGCUCAGCGCUCACACAGCGAGGCCUCAAGACAGUGUUCGAUGAAGCCAUCCGAGCCGUUCUCUGCCCGCCGCCCGUCAAGAAGAGGAAGAGAAAAUGCCUGCUGUUGUAAAUGUCCGGGCCUCGCCCUGGCCCUGGCCCUGGCCCUGCGAACCUUUGUAUGCUUUGCUCAAAAAACGAUGGAGCCUUCGCACUCAAUGCCAAGUUUUUGUUACAAAUUAGCUUUUCCAUAAAACCAUUUUGAACCAAUCAGUAAUUUUUAGGUUUUAUUUAAACAAAUAAGUGUAAGGAUUCAAACUUUCACAUUCUAUUAAAAUUUAGCCCUAAAAUGACAAGCUUUCUUAAAGCCUUAUUUUUCAAAAGCCCCUAUUUUUGCUCAGAUAAAGAGUUGCCAAAAUUCCUUGUGAACUAAGUUGCAUUGUUGUGCUAAGAACACUAAGCACUAAACUGUUCAAAGGCCUUUGUCUUGGAGAAGACUAGCUUCUGAAGUUAGGGAAGGCAGGCACUUGCUAAUGAGUUUCACACGCAGCAGCCUCCUUUACGAAAUGUUGCCAUUCAUAAUUUAUCAACCCACGUCCCUUACCUAACAUUGUACUGUAUAUCAACUCAACUCUUCGGAUUGAUCUUUAUUUCGUAGUGAGAUUUUUAAAAAUUAGUAUAUUAGCUUUUGCUGGAUCGUGAACAGAACCCUUCCUCACGUGUUCCUCUGAUGAAGUAUUCUGCUCUCACGGGCACACUGGGGUGGAGUGUAGGGAACACUUGAUGUGAUCAAAGGAUGAAGACAGUAUUUGACAAAAUAUGAAGUGGAGAUUAAUUUACACUACAUUGUACACGUAACAAACUGAAUAAGUGUCUGGGUAAGAUUUGAAAAAGGUUAGUUUCUGUCAAAUGCAGUUGAUGGUGAAAGUUGGUAUUAAUCAGUAAGUGUUUUCUUAAGAUUUUACUUUUUCUUAAACCUGUAAUCCCUCCCACAAUUGGGCAUUUAAUUCAUCUUGGAACUGGUCAUUCCCAUAGUUGCUAACUUAGUGCUUUUCUUAUAGACCCCCUUCUCAAUGAGCAAUAUGCCUCCUUGUAUAAAAUCUUUCUUGAUAAUGCAUUAGUUUUUCUGUAGGUUAGUCAAAGUGCGUUCCUGUUUUCACAUUCUUUUAUUCAAAGCUAAUAAGUGCUUUCCUUAGUUUUCUAGAAACUAGAUGUAAAAAUCACGUGUUGCAUCUCUACAGUUUUUUAAGUAUUUUAGAUAUUCUUAAACUAUGAGCCUUCUUACCACCACUGUCUUGCCAGACCCCAGCACUGUACCUUGGCCGCGGCUGGCCCCUCCGCCUCCCUGUGUGGACACGCUUCCUGUUGCUCUAACCAUGUUCCUUUGGGUGGGAGGUUGUGACCUUGUGCUUGUGCUAACGACGUUCUGUAUAGCUUACCCACUGGCAAGAACACAAAUUGGACCUUUCAACCACUAGAACAACAUUUUUUAAAUUGACAUUUGCAGACUUGUGGAGUGUUUUUACAUUGAUCUUUGCUAAUGCGGUUAGCAGUAUGUUUGCAUGUAUGACUUAAUAAAUCCUUGAAUCCUA